CCCCUCUGCCCUCUUUUCCAGUCAAUCCCUGUGUGCCUGGCCUUUGAACCUUGUGUUCCCUAUAUACAGGAAGGGUGGAGCUUCUAUAUUCUCCAGAACGUCCAUGAAGAUCCAGUCAGAGGGCGAGUCCGUCACAUCCAAGCGUCUUCCAGGGCCCACCACGGCCCCACGAUCCAGCAACCCACCCCAUAACCCAAUACCCCCUUGUGCACCAACAGAAAUCCACCAAAGCAGGACCUGAGACCUUCAGCAGUUCUAUUCUAGGGUCCUCUCUGGGUUACAAGGACAAGCAUGGCCGACAAACUGGGACUGGCAGGUGUGGCGGACGAGCCCAGUGCCCUGAACAUCUUCACUCUGUUGGAGAGGGUGUCCGGGAUCAUAGAUAAUGUGCAAGCGUGCCAGCAACGCAUGGAGGACCGGCAGCUGGAGCUGGAGACCACCGUGAAGACCAUCCAGGCGGACGUGGUGAAGUUGACGAAGGAGCACACGGUGACGAGUAGCACCGUGGACAAACUUCUAGAGAAAACACGCAAGGUCAGCUGCCACGUCAAGGACGUCCGUGUACGGGUGGAGAAGCAGAACAUACGUGUCAAGAAAGUGGAGGAAACUCAAGGCGAGCUGCUGAACAAGAACAAGUUCCGUGUUGUCAUCUACCAGGGAGAUAACGAGGUCCCAGCUGUAGCUGCUCCUAAAGCAUCUACGAAGGGAGCAGCGGGUGGAGACACUCCCAUAGACCCAGAUGCCCCGGACGCUCCGCUUCCCGACUCGGAUGAGGAAUACAUGGUCGUUGAGGAGGCCGACUCGUCUACUGCUGCCAAAGUAAAGAAGACCGGCCUGAAGCGCUUUGAAAGCCUGAAGCAGACCUUCUCCCGUGAGAACAUGACUAAGACCAAAGAUAAUCUGGGCACCAAGGUCAACAAGCUGGGUAUGCGCAUAGUAACAGCAGAAAGACGUGAGAAAAUCCGCCAGUCUGGGGAACGGCUGAAACACUCUGGUGAGCGUUUCAAGGAAACCAUCACGAAAACCGUGCCAGCAAAACUCAACCUGAAGAAGGAAAGGACGGUGGCUGAAGGUCAGGAGGGAGCUGAAGGGACCACGGAAGGAACAGCACCCAUCCCACCACCGAAGGGCCGCAAGGCCAGCCCCGGUGUGGCCUACUCAGAGCCAACGGAGAAACAAGAAGGUCCAGAUGAGGGCAAGAGCGAGGAAUCGGAAGUGCCAAUGUAUGAUAUGAAGCAGCUUUCUUAAGCCGCAAGUCUUGACAGUCACAUUUGGGGAAGACUUUCGUACAGAUAUGAAUUUGAUUAUGGAGAACUUGAAGGUGGAAAGAUUGUACAUUUCAGAGAUCUUGCAUCUAAACAUGAAUUAGUGGAUGGUUACGACAAUUGAAUGAACGGAAUAAGGAAGUUGUACAUUACAAACAAUACCCAGAGGUGUUUUUUUUUCUUGUUUACAUCUAUUAUGGACUAUGAAGGGUUAUGAAUGCUAAACCAGUGUACUGAGAUGACUAGGCUACGGUUUUUAAUUUAAGUAAAGCUAAAAACAUGGUGCACUCAGGGAUUUUCUUUGUCUUUAUACUGCCACCUAUUGGAGUGGAUGCAGCAUCAUGAAAAAUCAAGGUAGGAGAUAAUAUUUGUAAGACACUGAUGUCUCUACUCAUUCUUCAGGGGUAAAUGUUGAGGACAAAUCACUGAGUGCACCUUUUACAAAUUGAUAUUAUCUGUUAGGUGUGUGUAAAAAUAUUUGUAAGAAAUUUCUCUGAAUAGCAGAAUUUACAAAUAAUUCACAGAGGAGUGCAUUUUGGGCUUUUUCUGGAGAAAUUCAUAUAUUGUGGUGUGGACUGACAUCCAGCAUGUCAACAGUGAAUGAGUUUAGAAUUACAUUUAGAUGUUGUAGUGUUUUUUUUUUUUUUUUGGAAUAUAACUACCUGUGCAGACAAGUCAUUUAUAAACAAUAUUUUUCUGUGCCACUCUGUGUAAAAUCUGAAAAACAACUUUUGCAGUCUAAAUUUUUAAAUAAACAUAUUAACUCAAUCAGCUGGUUUCUGAAGAGUUUCUGGUAGAAAUGCAUUUAGUGUAUUAGUAAUCAAGACUGAUUAUAAGAGCUUUGCAAUCGGUCUGAUUUUUAAGGAUCUCAGUAGUAACAAAGUGUUGCUGUAUGGCACUUUUUUACUAUUAUGCAGGUGCCUAACCUUUUUUUAUUGGGGGAUGGAGAAAAUCGUCACAGACAACAUGGUUGUAAUGACAAUAAAAAUCCUGGACUGGCACCAUGAAA